AGGAGGAGGAGGAGUACCACAGUUUGCUGCUGCAUAGGCCGAGAGGGACGGACACACUGGCCGGCCGGACACGCUCCCUCUUAGGCGUCAUCAGCAGCACAAUCACCGGCUUUAGAGCAGCAAUCUGGGGCAGAGGGAGGACAAGGACAGUCGCUUUGCAGCAAACAGGUUGAAACAAAACAACAUGGACUUCCACUUGAGCUUUGGAGUUCUUCUUAUGGUGUUCCUGUGUCACAUGACGUCAGCGCUGGAAGUGCCUCUUGACCCAAAAGUUCUGGAAGGAUUGCCCCAGCCCCCAACUAUAACGCUACAGUCCCCCAAGGACUAUAUUUUCGACCCACGGGAGAACAUUGUUAUCCACUGUGAAGCCAAAGGGAAGCCUCAUCCCAGCUUUUCCUGGACACGAAACGGAACCCAUUUUGAUGUGGAGAAAGACCCCAAAGUUCUAAUGAAACCCGGUUCGGGCACUCUGGUCAUCGACAUCAGCGGCGAAAAGGCCGAGGCUUAUGAAGGGACGUACCAGUGCACAGCCCAUAAUGACCACGGCACAGCUGUAUCCAACAACAUCGUCAUCAGACAGUCCAGGUCCCCCUUGUGGUCCAAGGAAAGAAUUGAGGCCAUCACGGUGCAGAUGGGGGUCUCCAUGGUGCUGCAGUGCCGACCCCCAGCAGGGCUGCCGCCUCCUGUCAUAUUUUGGAUGGAUAACAAUUUCCAGAGGCUGCCACUCGACAGACGCGUAUCCCAGGCCCUGAAUGGAGACUUGUACUUCUCCAAUGUUCUGUCUGAGGACACCAGGAAUGACUACAUCUGCUACGCCCGCUUCCCGCAUACACAGACCAUUCAGCAGAAGCAGCCCAUCUCUGUCACAGUCCUCGAGAUGGAUACAAUGAAUGAGACUGUGGCUUCUUUGUACAAUAUCACUAAAUUUAGUGCCAAUCCAGCAGGAGAGUACCGCCCAGGCUUCAUGACGCCUUUGGGUGACACCAGCACCGAGAUGGUUCUACGAGGAGAGACCCUGGAGUUGGAAUGCAUCGCAGAGGGCUUGCCCACUCCGGAGAUGUCAUGGCAGAAAGACGGCGGAGAGCUGCCCACCAGCAGGGUGUCCUUUUUUAACUACAAGAAAACUGUCAAGAUUUCAGACGUCAGUGAAGCCGACGCCGGCGACUACACCUGCACCGCCACCAAUCGCCUGGGGACAGUGGACCAUGUCAUCAAGGUCACCGUCAAAGCUGCUCCUUUCUGGAUCAGCGCUCCCAGGAACCUGAUCCUUGCCCCGAAUGAAACCGGCAUUCUGACUUGCAGGGUCAAUGGAGACCCCAAGCCGGAAAUAAGAUGGUUCAUCAAUGGCGUCCCGUUAGAGAAUGCCCCAGAGGACCACACCCGCAAGGUGGACGACGACACAGUGAUUCUUAGCAACGUGCAGUCCGGGUCCAGUGCCGUUUAUCAGUGUAACGCAUCCAACGAAUUUGGCUACCUGAUUGCCAACGCAUUUGUUAGUGUUCUGGCUGAGCCCCCAAGGGUCCUCACUCCCCCCAACCAAGUGUACCAAGUCAUCACCAACAGCCCGGCUUUGCUACACUGUGCCACCUUUGGCUCACCGAUACCAACCAUCACAUGGUUCAAAGACAGCAAGAUCAGCAUCAAGAGCGGAGACCCCUAUGUGAUCCACGAGAACGGGACUUUGGAGAUCAACGUGGCCCAGUCGCAGAACAGCGGGAAAUACACGUGCAUCGCCACCAACAACCUGGGCAUCAAAGAGAACCACGUCUUCCUGGAGGUUAAAGAGCCCACGCGCAUCCUUAAGCAGCCUGAAUACAAGGUGGUGCAGAGAGGCAUGAGCGCCAUAUUUGAGUGUAAAGUCAAACACGACCCCUCCCUCAUCCCCACCAUGACCUGGCUCAAAAACAACGGCGAGCUGCCCGACGACGAGAGGUGCAGUACAUCGACCACGUGGCCUAAAAGGAAAUACGAGUUGAAAUCGUCCUGUUUGCCGUUUGCUAGGUUUGAGGUGGAUGCAGACAGUCUGACCAUCAAGGAUGUGACAGACGAAGACGAGGGCACGUACACCUGCAUCAUGAGCACAAGCCUGGACCGCGACUCCGCCAGCGCCAUGCUGACCGUUGUCGAGGCUACUCCUACUCCAGCUAUUGUCUACGAGAAACCCGACCCGCCCACUGACCUGGAACUCACGGACCAGACUGAAAGGAGUGUUCGGCUCACUUGGAUCCCAGGAGAUGAACACAACAGUCCCACACAAAAGUUCCUGAUCCAAUUCGAGGAUUUGCUGCACCAGCCAAAUGUCUGGGUCAACAUGACGGAGGUCCCGGGUAUGAGCACGACAGCCCACCUGGACCUCUCGCCGUAUGUGUAUUACUCCUUCCGGGUACUUGCGAAGAACCAGGUGGGCUACAGCCAGCCCAGCCAGGCGUCACGCCAAUACCGAACCAACCCUGCAGCCCCUGAUGAUAAUCCGUCACACGUUCAGGGAGAAGGAACAGAACCAGGGAACCUGGUCAUCUCCUGGAGAUCACUAACAGGACUACAGUCCAACGGCCCUGGUCUGGAGUACAAAGUCCAAUGGAGACAGAAGGACGUGGAUCAAGAGUGGUCUUCCAGGACAGUAGCCAACGCCUCACAGCUGGUCGUGUCCGGAACCCCUGUCUUUGCGCCCUACGAGAUCAAGGUCCAGUCUCUGAACGACUAUGGCAACGGACCGGAAGCUGAAGUCAUCAUUGGGUACUCUGGGGAAGAUCUGCCUUUAUCUGCGCCUGAUGGCGUUCUGGUCAUGGUUCAUAACAGCACCGUAGCAGAAGUACACUGGGAGCCGGUGUCGUCUCACUCAAUCAGGGGGAAACUGAAGGGAUACAAGGUAUAUUACCGCCGUGAGCGAGGCUUGCAUGAGGCAGAGGAGGAAGCGGAUCAAGAAUCUCAAGACCAGGUUCUGACCUUCAACGGGAAUCUGACCGAGGGGCGUCUUCCGGGCCUCCAACCCUACAGCUUGUACAACCUCUUCAUCAGGGUCCUGAACAGCAAAGGGGAAGGCCCUCCUAGUCCAGAUAAGCAAUUUGAAACACCCGAAGGAGUUCCAGGCCCUCCUUCGUUUCUACAAGUGAACCCCGGUUUGGAUUCUUUGACUCUGGAAUGGGGCCCACCGCUGAACAACAACGGACGCCUUAUUGGAUACACUCUCAGAUACCAACCAGCCAACGCCACCAUAGAAACGGGGCUCGUCAAGAUCAUGGAUUUUCCCGUCAACGAGACAACCGUGACUCUGGACAGCUUGAACUCCAGCGUGCAGUACAAGUUUGACUUAAACGCAAAAACCAUCAAAGGAGCCGGACCCAGCAUCACGAAGGAGGCCUCCACCUUCAUGGAAACAACUCCCACUGCUCCCACUGCAGAGGUGGGCAAAGGCCCCACAGACCCAACUACCCCCAUCACUCAGUCUCCCCCGCUUCACAAGGCACCCUCUGUAGGCCCCGUCUUUGGCACGGUUAACACAUCAGUGUCCGAGGAGGGUGCCGUGAUCAGUUGGGAAUACUUUGGACACCAUAAGAACAUUUAUGUGGAGUACACGGUAGAAAACAGCAAAGAGGGCUGGAAAAAGGAGUCGGUAAACAGCUCGCACUCUCAUGUAUUAAAAAGCUUAAAGCCAGGAACGUCCUAUAGGGUGCGUGUCGUAGCUCGAGACCCGGCCGGGCCGAUGCUCCACAGCACCAAUGAGGAGGUGGUUACGGUGCCAGCCGUACCCAGUCGCCACGUGGACAUCGCCACCCAGGGCUGGUUCAUCGGACUGAUGUGCGCCAUCGCUCUCCUUAUCCUGGUGCUUCUCAUUGUCUGCUUCAUCAAAAGAAACAAGGGCGGCAAAUAUCCAGUGAAAGAGAAAGAAGAAGCCCACCAAGAUCCAGAGAUCCAGCCCAUGAAGGAGGAUGAUGGCACAUUCGGAGAAUACAGCGACACCGAGGACCACAAGCCGCUGAAGGGCAGCCGCACGCCGUCCAACGGCACGGUGCGGCGCGACGAGAGCGACGACAGCCUGGUGGACUACGGCGAGGGCGGCGACGGACAGUUCAACGAGGACGGCUCCUUCAUCGGCCAGUACAGCGGCAAAAAGGAGAAGGACACGCACGAAGGCAACGAGAGCUCCGAGGCGCCGUCGCCCGUCAACGCCAUGAACUCCUUUGUCUAAAUCGCACCGGAGGGGGUUGCCGUGGCGCACCGGAACUUUGGGCCGUGGCGGUUGUCACCGUGGCGACCGAGGAUGGCCACCGUCAUCCCCUUGCACCCGCCGCCAGCUCCUGUCCUCCCGCUAGCAAAGACGGACACCACAAUCCAAGACGGUGGCGACUGAAGGAGCGACUCUUGAGAGGAAGCAAUAUGGAAAAGGAAUGUAUCAGGAGUGUCAGCCCUCUCUGUGUGUGUGUGUGUGUGUGUGUGUGUGCGUGCGCACGUGAGUGAGUGACAUUUGAUAUCCUUUACUUACAUUUCCACACAACACAUUAUUUGGUCACACCCUGCAGAAUCAUAUUUUAUAGUAUUCAGCCAUGAAUUGUGUUCAAAUGUUUCAAAUACCGUAAUUGCUCUAAUUAUAGCCGCCGCCGCCUUUAUUUACCUCGACCGCUAAUCGGAAGCAGGCGAUAAUUGGAGAGACGCUGCUACAAGUCAAUUCUUGUACUAAGCUGUAUAUUGCACAAGACGGCAGAAACAGAACCAAUGUUGUAAUCACGGCAAGGAGAAAAACUGCUCAGCAAGCAUUAACAAUACUGUUCACUGUAAACUAUAACAGUACAGCAAGUGUAACACGCCCGAGUUCCACACCAUAGCAGCUGAGGUGCAGCAUUUUAAAGCGCAUGAAGAGGUACGUAGAUUAAGCUGCUGGAUGUUGGCCACUCAUGAGUCUAUUUUGGAGUGCAUAAGAAAGUGGAAGGCUCCUUUUGAUCACAUGGUCAUUAACAAUACAGCGAAAUAAAGCAGAAACAGAACCAAUGUUGUAACCGCGGUAAAGAGACAGCAGUAAUACGACUUGUGAGUUCAUUGUAAACAACAAUACAGCUGAGUACGACAGAGUUACACACCGAGGCAGCUGACGAACGACAUGAUAAACAUGAGCAAUUAUGUUGCAGAAGCACCAGAACCAAUGUUGUAACCGCGGUAAAGAGACAGCAGUAAUACCACAGGUUAGUUCCAGAACAGUACGGCUGAGUACGACGGAGUUUCACACCGAGGCAGCUGACAAGCGACAUGAUAAACAUGAGCAAUUAUGUUGCAGAAGCACCAGAACCAAUGUUGUAACCGCGGUAAAGAGACAGCAGUAAUACCACCAGUGAGUUCAUUGUAAACAACAGUACGGCUGAGUACAACAGAGUUUCACACCGAGGCAGCACACGAGUGACAUGAUAAACAUGAGCAAUUAUGUUGCAGAAGCACCAGAACCAAUGUUGUAACCGCGGUAAAGAGACAGCAGUAAUACCACCGGUGAGUUCAUUGUAAACAACAAUACGGCUGAGUACAACAGAGUUUUACACCAAGGCAGCUGAUGAGCGACAUGAUAAACAUGAGCAAUUAUGUUGCAGAAGCACCAGAACCAAUGUUGUAACCGCGGUAAAGAGACAGCAGUAAUACCACCAGUGAGUUCAUUGUAAACAACAGUACGGCUGAGUACAACAGAGUUUCACACCGAGGCAGCUGACAAGCGACAUGAUAAACAUGAGCAAUUAUGUUGCAGAAGCACCAGAACCAAUGUUGUAACCAUGGUAAAAAGACAGCAGUAAUAAGACCAGUGAGUUCAUUGUCAGCGGUAAGGAGCAAACUGCUCAGCCAGCAUUUAAUACGACGGAUGAUUUAUUGUAAACAACAACACAGCCGGUGUAGCAUGUGUGAGUUUCACACCAUUUUAUAACGCAUGAAGAGGUAGAUAAAGCUGCUGUAUUGAGGCAAAAUGUGAAAGUCCACCAUGCAUAACUUAAAUAGCAAGUAACCAAUGUUGUAGCAGCAGUAAGCAGCAAACAGCAAGUGAAACGCGAAGACUAGCAACAUUUUAAAGCGCAUGCAGAGGUAGUGUAUGCUGACUAUGAUUGAUGCUAAAAAAUGCAGCUAUCUUGAGGUCAUGUAAACUGGUCACAAUGGCGGUUUUGACCAUAUUGGAGACCCCCGGGGGCGUUAAUUGGACCAGUUACGGUAUCCUUCCUGUGGCUGCAGCUGUACCUAAUGUAACGAGCGGCGAGUCGGUCACUUCGAGAUGACUUUCAAGGUGAAAGACGUGGAAUGUUGAAGGUCAAACCUUUACUUGUAGCACUUGAGGGAUUUGGGAAGAGGCUCCUAAUGAUGCUGAAUGUGGAGGAAGUGAAGAUGGUUGCCCUGUUGCAUUGUCCUCUGAUGAACGUGUUGUACUGUUUACAGGAUGCGUGGCUGCAUGAGCGUGCACAUGCAUGUGUUCAAACGUGCGUCGUUACCUUCCAGGAUUACCGUCUGCUCUCCUCACACGUUUUGAAGAAUCUUUUUUUUCUUUUCCUUCAUUUAUCAUAACUUGCAUCAAGUUUUUCGGUCAGCUUCUCCGUGUGUUUUAUUUUGUAAAUAACAAGUUUGACAUGAGCGGGCUGAAUUAUACACUUUGCUGUGGGGUUUCUUUGUGUGUCAGGUGAACUUGCAAAAGGAGUUUUUUUUUUUUUGCUUGUGGCUGAGCUCUUGUGACACACCUUGUCUUGUUCAUGCACCUUUUAUUGUUUAUUUAAAUAUAUUUGAUGCACACACACACACACACACACACACACACACUCACAAGUUGUAUCAUUUGGAAGCAGGAAGCUCCAUGGAGUAGAACUUGCAGGCAUGGACAGAAAUGCAGUGUGACACCAUUAUCCCGUACAUGAUGAUGAUAUUAUUGACUAUUCUGGUUCAUGUUGAAGCUAUUACGUGAGAGCAUGAGAGACUGUUGAAUGGUUUAAUCCUCGAUAUAAUAUGACAAAAAAAAGAAUAUUUUGUAUUUUAAAUGAGAACAGAAUCAUAAUAAAUGUUGGAGUUCAAAUUGGAACCGUCGUUUCCUCCAUGCACUGGUAUGUCAUGAGAAAAAUGCUAAAUGCUAGUCAAAUAUCGGCUUGUUUUUGCAGUUAGCCCUUAAAGACGGGAUGAUUUUGUCACAUUAAGGAUCUUUGAUGGAUUUUCCUGCUAUAAAAUAUCUAUAAGGACGAUCUUUGACUGGCAUUUCUGUAUUAAGUACUUAAAAACGGGAUGAUGAUGUCAUAUGAAGGAAGAACAUACUGUAACGUGUGAAACAGCACCAUCUGCUGGCUCAAGUUUAGAAUUACAAAAGUCGCCUCUGAAUUGCCAAGUCAGGUCAAAAGUCAGACUUAUUUCGUCAAAGUACGUUGACAUCCAACAGUGUUAAUUAUGUUUUUAUAUUAACGAUCUCUAAAGCUAAUUUGUAUAACAAACAGAAGAUAAUUUAGUUAUGUAAAGGAUAUCUGACAAAAUCACACGAGGGCUGUACUUCUAGACGUUGACCACUAGAUGGUGCUGUCGGACCGGUUACAGUAUGCUAACACGUUAAAGCGAGGCGAAGAUCCCUUUUAUGACAAAAUCAUCCCCCGUUUGUACGGUACGACUGAAAAAUGAGUCAAAUAUGAAUUAUAUUACAAAAUUAUGCCCCGUUUUGGGGUUUUACGACUCCACAUGCUUGUAUCAGAGGACU